AUGUCCUUCUUGAGGAAUUUCUUUGGCACUUCUGCCACCGCCGCCGCCGCCGUUGAGGCGAAGGACGACAAGAAGCCUGUCCGUGCCCUGCCUGCCUCCUGGUAUACCUCCCAGGACAUGUACGAGCUUGAGCGACGAUCGAUCUUCUCUCGCAAGUGGCUUCUCACAACACACAAGCACCGCAUCGCCAACCCUGGUGACUGGGUUCUGUAUGACGCUGCUGGAUACGAAUUCGUUAUCAUCAAGGAUCAACAAGGAAACAUCUCUGGUUUCCAUAAUGACGAUUUAUACCCCGUUCACAUUCACAUUGACCGAAACGGUUUCGUAUGGGUCAACUUGGACACCAGCGAGACUCCCGAGGUUGCCUGGAAGGACGACUUUGAGGGUGUAGAUGAGCAGCCCCGAUUCGUCCACUACAACUUCGAGGAAUACAACUUUGACCACACCUGGGACAUGGAGGGCGAGUUCAAUUGGAAGAUUUUGGCCGACAACUACAACGAAUGCUAUCACUGCCAAGUUGCCCACCCCGAUAUCCCCACAAUUGCCGACCUGAACUCCUACUACGUCCAGACCAAGGACGGCCACAUUCAGCACUACGGUGCCCCGCGACAAGAUCAGAUCGACAAGGGCUUCCGAAUUGCCACCACCUACUUCUGGCCCAACGCCUCUUUCAACAUCUCUCCCAACUUCUUCUUCAUGCAGCGAUUCACUCCUCUCGGUCCCAAGAAGUGUGUGAUGCGCUACGAGGUCUACCGCCACAAAGACGCUAGCGACGAGGCCUUCAAUCUCAUCAGUGAUAUGUACAAGCGAAUCAUGUCCGAGGACAAGUACCUCUGCAUUCACUCCCAGAAGAAUCUCAACGCCGGUGUCUUCGUCAACGGCCAGCUUCACCCCGAGAUGGAGAAGGGUCCUCUCCACUUCCAGAAGACCGUGCGCGAGGUCGUUAUGGAGCACCACAAGAAGGAAGAGGCCGUCGGCCACGAGAUCUGGCCCGCUCAGGAACGUAUUCCCAGGAACAACACCGCUAGCCAAGACACCGUCGCUUUCCGCACAGGCAUGGACGCCUACAGCACAGAGAAGGACGAUUUGACGGACGGCCUGACCAGCAACUUUGCUCCGACGAUUGCUGUCUAG